GCGUGCGGCGGCGCCGGCUACGGGGGUCAUUGAGGGCCCGGCAGGGGGGACCAGGAGCACCCAAGGACAGAGGGGGGGACGGCCGGGGGGCUCAGGUACGGCGGCCGUGCCCGCCCGACGUGUGGAGCAGGUGGAGACGGGCCCGGUCAGCAGGCCUCGGCGAGAGGGAUCCCAGAUUACGGUGGCUAGCCCCUCAGCUGCUACGGCUGGCCACUUGCAGGAAGACCGCAGCAGAGUUACGCCUGGCAGGAAAGCGCCGGCAAAAUCCGCUCACGGGUCCAGGGCCCGCAGGGAGAGCGAAUCCGGCCCUGGGCCUUCGGCCGCCGGGACCGAGCUGCCCGGGGGGUCAUCAUCGGGGGAAGAGGGGCUGUGCGAGGACCAGUCGGAUGGGGAGCUGUCCGGUUCGGAGGAGGAGGUCGUGCCCAGGACGGUGCCUACAGCGAGGGAUUCCAGACGAUCGGCUGAUGGGAUUGCUUCCACGCAGCCCGGUACUGGACCUUUGUUGGUCUGGAUUUUGGGCCACUCUUACGUGGUUCGGGGGGGAAAACGGGCGGAGGCGCGCCCGACCGGUCGGCAACUGGGGAUUUCGAGACAGGAGGCGAGGGUACGGUGGUUGGGGGUACCCGGGAUGUUAUGGAGCAGAGUUGUGCCGGAGGUUCACAAAUGGGCACGUUUGGGACAGACCUCCGGAUGUGCUAGUGAUUCAUGCUGGGGGCAAUGAUCUUGGGGUGAGAUCUAUGCUGGAGAUAGCGCGGGAUAUUAAAUUCGACUUUCAGCGGCUCCGGUUGUCUUUCCCGGAGACGGUAGUGGUGUGGUCGGACAUGGUGGCUAGGACAUCGUGGAGGAUGGCGAGGUCGGUAGACGCGGUGAAUCGUGCGCGCAGGAAGCUGAACAGGAAUGUGGGGCGUUUUGUGCUAAGGAACGGGGGGCUGGUGGUUCGGCACCCGGAAUUGGAGGUUGACCCUUGGCGUUACCUCAGGAGUGAUGGUGUUCACCUCACGGACGUGGGGAUUGACAUGUGGGCUUUGCGCCUAGAGGAGGGGGUACAACAAGCAAUGAGGGUGUGGAGGUGCGCCCGAAGGUAAGGUGUUACCUUCGGGUGCUGGUGGCGGGUGUUUUUCGGACUUUGCAGGAGAAGAUAUUACCCCAAAGAUGGACACCAGUACCCAGUGG